AUCCCUUCCUCCUGCUGUUUCUCCCAAGAACAAAAGGAAAAGGACUGAUGUUGAAGAUUCUGGCACCUCUAAGGCUGAAGAAGUUGUUCCUUCUCAUCCGAAGGCAACUUACGAUCUUUAUGCUGAAUCCCUCAUCAGCUCCGAUGACGAGGAAGAAGUUCCAACUACUGACGUGGCUCCUCGGACAAGCACGUCACGUACUGUACUUGCCUCAGACACGCUAGUUGAAGGAGAAGAAACCUCGCCUCCUCAACAAAACGUCGUCACCACUACUCCGCCAUCAAGCCCCCUUGCUCCUUCACCAAAAAGGGCAAGGGUUGAAAAGAUUAUUGAACCUGCCCCUCAGUUGGGCAGUUCGUCGACUCUGCUCCUAGAUGAUCCUAUGAUCAAGGAUCUUCUCCGCAUCGGUUCCCAAUUUGUUGGGUACCGUGAAUAUGCUAAUAGAGCCGAAGAGAAACUUGCAGAGGCUAACGAACGCGCCGACGCACUUUCUCGAAAACUUGAGCAAAGUGAGGCGGCUCGCAAGAAAGCGGACCUCGCUGCUAGCAAAGCCAAGACCGAAGCUGAUGAAGCCAAGGCGAAAGCUGCUGGUGUCGAGGAACUGCAGAAAAAGCUUAAGGAUGCUACAGCUGCUUUAGAUGAGCACAAAGCUGCGCAAGCUUCUCGUGAAGAAGGAAUCCUCAAGCGCCUGAAGACUCAGAGUCGCCGUACUUUCGUCCAAACAAACCAGGAUUUUGACCUGACGAAUCCUGUCGAUGAUCCGGUCCUUGACGCACUUUCCUAUCUGGAGCUUCAUGGGUCCGAGAUUCGUGAAGGUGUAUCGAAUGCUAAUGCAGUAUUGUCGGCAUUGUUCCCCUACUUCUUCCCGAAGAAGGAGGAGCCUGCGACUUUCCUCAACCUUGCCAAGAUGUUCAAUACACCGGAAGACCUUGGACUGAAGAUGCGCCAAGAGAAUAUGAAGGUUGCCGUUGAAAACACUGUCGCCUUGGUUGCUGACAGUCGACAGACUAUCGACUGGAUGAAAGUUGGCGACACCGAGCAAAUAGAACAAUCAAGGUGGAAGUCGCUGAUCAAGGCGGCCAAGCCCAACACGAAGAAGAUCUUGGCCUAUCUCGGGAUUAAGCCAGCGUCGACUCCUAGCUCGUCAAGGCCGGAGGUCUAGUUGCAUGCCUCUGUUUUUCUUUGUUUCUUUUGCUUUUGUCGCCAAAGUAGUCGUUUAGCGACACGUAUUUCCUUAGCUCCACUGUAAUGCCCUUGUAAUUAUUCCAAGAGAUUAAUGAAAAAUUCUAUCUUUGCUUGUC